UGAGACAAUUCAAUCACUCUAUUAUUUAGUUGCGUGGCGGUCUUCGGUGACCAAGGAGCUUUGGCUUAACAAAAAGAAGCGAUUUGGAAAUAAUUAUACUUAAAAUGCAAAGGCUUUGAAUAAAAUAGUGUUAUUAUUAAUGCUGUUGUGAAAAUAUAUCAAGCGAUGAAGUUAUUCUACAACAUAGUGGCGGUUAUGCUCGUACUUGGGCCUCUACCGAAUCUUGCUGCUGUUUCAAAGCGUCAAAGUGGCAACAUCGACUUGGACACUUAUGAUCAGGUUGAUGAUGCCGACUUUGUGCCUGUAAGCCCUUGUAGCAUACAAAGAGCUGGUGAUCCGGAUCUUACCAAUUAUGAUAUCAUAUCUUCGUAUCGCUUCGACGAAGCAUAUCAUCAAUACCAGGGAGUUCAACAAAUAGUCGGUUCAACUGGUUAUCAGACAGCUUAUCACUUCGAAGAGUACUCCAACAUGACAAUCGAAUCAUCGCAGGCAUUUCCGAAGGGUGUACCCGACGCCUUUUCAUUUGAAUGCACAUUUCGUGUACCUGAAUUUGAUCCACCAAAUGAGUGGUACCUCUUCGAAAUCUCAAAUUAUAGAUAUGAAUCACAGAUGAGCGUCAUUAUGAAUCCGGUUUAUAAUGCGCUCGAAUUCUCAUUACCCAAAUAUGAUGGUUCUUUGCAGACGAUCACGUUUGAGGAGUUGGAAAUAUUUGAUCAUUCAUGGCAUAAAGUUAUGCUUGGAGUUACACAGGAUGCUGUGCGCCUUUGGGUUGAUUGCAAGCCCAUACCGGACCGCAGUGGCAAUUUGAAUACUCCACUUGAUGUACGCAGUCCAAUUGAUUCGACAGAAGGUGCUUUUACUGUGGCACGUGACUGUAAAACGAAAAGCACAGUACCAAUUGAUUUGCAAUGGAUGAUCUUUAGUUGUGAUGUUGAUAAACCUAAUCGUGCCACAUGUGAAGACCUACCACAAUAUGCAAAGGCACCUAAGGGAGUUUCGGCAAUGGAGUCAUUUACCACACCCCGUGCAACUGUGGUGCCGACGCCAACACCACAGCGCCCAGAUUUAACUUUUCUAACUACUACCACUUACCGCCCGACGUUUUUGUCUUCCACUCCAGUUGCGUUGCAAGGACAAGAGUUACAUGCAUGCCCUGAAGUGUGUCCAAGAGGGCCACCGGGACCGCCAGGACCACAAGGACCGCCGGGACUUGUGGGUUUACCGGACCAGUCAUAUCCGUACGCCAAUCAGCUAAAUGGUGGCCUAAGUAAAGGUGAAAAAGGUGAACCGGGUGAUUUUGGUCUGCCUGGUUUACCCGGAAGAGACGGAGUACGUGGUUGGGAUGGUGUACCAGGUGCGAAGGGCGAACCCGGCUUAAUUGGGCCACCAGGACCACCAGGUCUUCCUGGAAUUGUAACAGCGGAUAUACGUAAUACAGAAGAUAUACGUAAUGUGACUGUGGGUUUGCCCGGGCCGAAAGGUGUUAUGGGUUUACCGGGUUUAAAUGGCCAAAAGGGAGAACGUGGUUUGCCUGGAUUAGAUGGUGGUAUGGGGGAACGUGGGGUGCCAGGACUACCGGGUACAAAAGGAGAACCAGGAUUGCCGGGUAUUGCAGGACCACAAGGACCACCUGGACCUCCCGGUGAGUCUGGUACAAUAAAUAAUGAAGUCCGGAAUAUAGAAGAACGCGAAAUACGUGAGAUAUGCUUGGCUGUUGUAAGAGACUACAUAAGUGAAAUUUCUCAAACAUUAACUGGCCCACCUGGUCCACCUGGUCGACGUGGCUAUGGUCGCCCUGGACCACCAGGACAUCCAGGCGCACAAGGUGCGCCGGGAAUACCAGGACCAUCCGGUGAACGUGGCUAUCCUGGCUUACCAGGUUUGCAGGGACCACAAGGUGAGACUGGUCCCCGUGGUCCGGAGGGACAAAAAGGUGAUCGCGGUGAAGAUGGGAUUGGUCAUCCCGGACCAAUGGGGUUACCUGGUCCACAAGGUCCUGAAGGUCGUUGUGUGGACGGUCUACCCGGUAGACCUGGUGAACCUGGUGCUGUUGGUGCACCUGGCGAACCUGGAGCACAUGGCUCCCCUGGCCAGCCUGGAGUUUGUCCCGAUUGUAAUGCCUAUCAAGCAGCGUAUACAUAUCCUCUACUACUGGCACAGCAACAACAAAAUAAUAAAGGUCCUCCGAACUACUACAAUAAGGGGCCAUCCAAUUACUACAAUAAAGGCUAAAAUUAAUAGUUGUUGUUGUUCAUUGAAUGUUUGACAUGUUUCUUCUAAAUAAAAAAUUAAAAAAAAAUUAAAUAAAAAAGAACAACAAUCAGAA